AGAAGGAGGAUGAAGUUUUGUGCGGUGGGAGCUCGAGAGCACGAGGCCCUCGUUGCGGGCUAUUCGACAGUGGGGAACGCCGGCCGUCGGUCUCAUCGGUAAAAUUAUCAACGAGUGACGUCAAAAUUCGUAGCCCUUAGUCCACUAUGUUCCGCAAAAGCAAGGAAAAGACCGACGUGCAAAAGGCGAAGGACGCGAGGGAACAAAAGCGCCUCGCGUUAUUCCUUCAUCCAAAACCGCCCACACCUCCCUUGGCAAAACGGCCCCCAAGAACAUCGGCGUCGGGCAACCAGGCCCUGAACAAGGAGGGUGAAGCUCUCAGAAGCAAAAAUUACGAGAGCUCCAGCGAAUCGGAUUCGACGACAGACAGUUCCAGCUCGGGGAGCGAUACAAGCAGUUCUUCCAGCUCGGACGAAAAUGGCGAAGCUCCGACGCCAGAGACGCCAAGGACAUUAACGCUCCCGUCAGCGCUGGCUACCCCCCAGCAGCAGCAGCGACUGUCCCAGGAUGUCCAACAGACAAUGUCUGCCCCGCAGCUGCCUGGUCCCAGGCCACCGGCCAGCCGGGAAAUUGUGUAUCUGCUGGGACAACCCGGCCCCUCAAAGGAAUCCGAAAAGAAGAAAAAGGGAAAGAGCAAAAAAGGAAGCCGUCGAAGCAAAAAAAAGCCCUGUCUGGUGCACGGCGAUCCAAAUCAAGCGUCUAAACCGCCAUGCAAAGUGCAUAGCAGGCCAGAGGCUACAACAACCACUCAACCUGAAAGUCAGUGCGACGUAGCAGCGCCAUUCCUGUGGUUCUGUUCGCUGAUUAAGGACAUCAAGGACAAGUACUUCCAAUAAAACUGCCCGCCGAGCGUGUAUUCUGACCUCAUCCGCGUGGAAGCAGCAUGUCUCCUGUCCCGGAUGCUGAACGACUUGUAACAUACUUGCGGAACGAAACGCAAAAGUCUGUCUCGUCAAAAGAAUAUAUAUCGUGAUGUCACAUGUGGACAGAUGUACUUUCAACGAACCCAAUAAAAUCUCAUGAGCACUGCAACGAUGA